AUGCAUCAUCCCGUUGCGACCACUCUCCUCGGGAGUUGCACCUCAAACCAGCUUGAUGUUCGAACCUACACAACCCGCAAGCAGUGCGCCUUCACCUUGGCCAUAGCAAACACACACAUCGCCGCUGCUCCUCCUCGAGCAUAUAGAAAAUGAACCAUGGAGGCGCAUUCCGAUGCCCGAUCCCGGAAGAGGUCAGCCAGCCAUAUGGCGCUCAGCUUUCCCAUCAUAUUCCUCUUGUCGGCGAACCUCGGGUCUCAGGAACUCCAAGAACUCGAGGAGCAGAUACCGACACUGACGUAUGACAUCAACGAGGCCGAGGUCGUCUUGGGCAGGAUCUUCCGCAAGGAACGAGCAAUGUUCGAGCUGAGGAAACACAAGCUUGUCACCGAGGAGGUCGACCCUUCGGAGCGCUCUGCGCCCGCGAGCCCCGGCCGGAAGCGCGCCAGGAUGGCGACCCCCGCGCUGACCAGCUCGGACCUGGACUCGGACUCGGACACGGCAUCGGAUGGUGAGAUACAGCGCCGGCUGACGGGGCCGGGCCCUGGCCCUGCUGCGCCCGCGGUCACGGUCAAGGUGGUCAGGCUCGGCUGGUUCACCGACUCGGUCAAGGCCGGCCAAGUGCUCCCGAUCGACGACUACGUGGUUUAUCAAGGCCGCAAAGUGCCCAGAACGCCCGCGAAGGCGCCCCAGCCCGUCCCCGCCGAGAGGGCCGCCGAGAGGGCCGCCGACGUCAUGAAGCGCGCUCUCGCGGACGCGGGCGGGCAGUCGAGGAGCCCCCGCCCAGGAUCAUCGUCGUCGCGGGGAGCAAGGGGGGAGACGUACACGAGCCAUCCCGUCCGGCCCCCCCUCGUCAGGCAGACCACGUCGGAGCACGAGAUUGACGCGCAGCUGCCGCCGAUACCCGACUUCCUCCACACCACCUACUCGUGCCAGCGUCCCACCCCCGUCCAUCCGCCAAACGAGGCCUUCAUCGAGGAGCUCGCCAAGAUCAAGACGGCCAGGACGCUGGUGGGGGACAAGAUCGGGGUCAGGGCGUACUCGAGCGCAAUCGCCACCAUUGCCGCGUACCCAUACACCUUCCAGACCGCCCAAGAAAAUCGUUCCACAGAGGUCUCCCGACUCCCCGGCUGUGGCAAUAAGAUUGCCCUCCUCUUUCAGGAGUUCAAGGACACGGGCCAGAUCAGGGAAGCGCGCGAGGACGAGUCGGACCCGAAGCUGGCGGUGCUCAAGCUCUUCUACAACAUCUGGGGCGUGGCCGAGACGACGGCGCGCGACUUUUACAACCGCGGCUGGCGCGACCUGGACGACAUUGUCGAGUACGGCUGGGAGACGCUGACGCGCGUGCAGCAGAUCGGCGUCAAGUACUACGACGAGUUCCAGCAGCGCAUCCCGCGGGCCGAGGUCGAGGCGAUCGCGAACGUCAUCCUGGCGCACGCCAACCAGAUCCGCGACGGGUUCGAGAUGGUCAUCGUCGGCGGCUACCGGCGCGGCAAGGAGGCCAGCGGCGACGUCGACGUGGUGCUGAGCCACCGCGACGAGUCGGCCACGCGGGACUUCGUGGGCCGCCUCGUCGUGCGCCUCGAGCGCGCCGGCUACGUCACGCACACCCUCUCGCUCAGCACGGCCAACUCGGAGCGCGGCCAGGUGCCGGUCAGCUGGAAGGGCAACGACAGGAGCAGGGCCGGGACCGGCUUCGACACGCUCGACAAGGCGCUGGUCGUCUGGCAGGACCCGGUCCGGGCGACCACGGGGGAGGCCAGGAACCCGAACUCGAACCCGCACCGCCGGGUGGACAUCAUCAUCAGCCCCUGGAAGACGGCCGGGUGCGCGGUGCUGGGCUGGACGGGCGGCACCGCCUUCCAGAGGGACCUGAGGCGGUACUGCAGGAGGGAGAAGCAGCUCAAGUUCGACAGCAGCGGGAUCCGCAGCCGCACCGACGGGUCGUGGGUUGACCUGGAGAGCGGGCCGGACGGGUCGCCGGCCCCGGACAUGCUGACGGCCGAGAAGAGGGUGUUUGCCGGCCUGGGUUUGGAGUGGCGCCCGCCAGAGGAGCGCUGCACCGGGUGACAGUGACAGCUCUGUCUCUUCUUUUCUUCUCUUUCUCUCUCUCUCUCACUCUCACUCUCUCACUCUCACACACCACACUCCCUGAGCAAUGUACGCGGACUAUUAUGUAUGUGGUGUUACCGGUGGUGUGGUACGGUAUGUCCCAGUCG